AGCAUUGCAGUUCAACACUGUGCACAAGCAAACAUUGAGUCCUCUGACAAUGAGUCAAAGAGUUCUCCCACGAGAUGUUUGACACCGAAUCGGGACGAUAACCACCAGUUGUAUGGAUGUUACGGCUUGUUUCAGUUUCAGCAAACUCGAAUCACCUUGGAGGAAAGAUGGCGACUGGAAAGCACGAUAUUCACGACUGUACUCCUUUCAUCACUCUUCUGUCCAGAAAGAGGAAGAGCCACGCAUAUCGUUCAUGGCGAACGACUCCUUGCCUUUCGCCUCCAUGUCGAAGACACGCACGAGUCGCCAGGAGAGCUCUAUUUCCGAUACCUCCAGUCCUCGGUACCUCACCACCCUGCUCUCCCAAAGAAGCGAGAUGUACAGCAGCAAUGCGGGAUCACAAAAUAUGCAAAACGACAACUUAGGAGGCCACGAAACACUACUGCUUAAUAUGGUGCGCGCGCGCAGUCGGGAGUUGGAAGAAGCGGCAGAUCAGACGCUGGACCUGCCGCAGGACGUAUCCGAUGACCAAUCCAGUGAUGUCUGCACCCACGGGCUGAACAUGAUGCGCAUGACAGAGCGCAGCAUCUCCCGUUCCCGCGUGUCCAGGAUCUCUACUCGUCGUGACAUGGAUAUUCCAUCCAUCCUGGCCUUCACCACCGACAUCGAACCAGAACCGGCACAUCGAGAGAUUCCAGCUUUCCAAAGAUCAAGUGGGGCAAAACAGGAAGAAAAACUGCGUUGGUCUAUCCGCCGUUCGGUCUGUCCAGUUUGUUCGCAGAAGUGGAAGGACCGAAGCUCUAUAACUAACAUCAAAAAUUCCGGCUUAAAACGGAACACUUCAAUGGAGUUGCCAUCAGUCAUAGCACCAGCACGACUACGAUCUUCAAUUACAAUAGGAUACGUUCCUCGUCCUGCCCUGCCUGCAGUUGACGAAGACUUAGGCAUAAAUCGCAGAAUGUUCCGAAGCUCGAGUGCCUCUUGGCAGCUGAUCCGUGCUCGACGCUUCAGGGCCCCAAAACCAAUAGUUCCUUCGCCAGAAGACAGCAAACCCCCAAUCAUAUCGGAACCAUUGGCGCAAAAAGAUUUGGAUUACCGUGUCUAUCGAUUUCUUACGGACGAAGAUGUUAAGUUAAUUUGGUGAAUAGCUUAAUAAGGAACUAAA